AUGCAGGACAAUUGUGUCCUGCCCCGCGUUAACGUCCGCUGCAGCUCCGCACAGAGAACCUUGCUCUCCCGCGCUGUCGGCCACGCCGGGCCCUGUCGGGGGAACUACGGCUCCCGGCGUGCCGCGCGGCGCAGCGCGGGUCGGGGGAGGGCGGCCGCAGCGCUGGCCGAGGGCAUCUCGCCGGGCGCGGGCACCAGCCCGCCUCGACAGCCGCCCGCGCGGGCGCUGCACAGGAGGACCUCCGGUGGCGGCCGGCAGAGCGGCACCGUGGGCUUCAAGUCUCCGAUCCCAUCUCCAAGGUCCUGCCAACCUAAUGGAGCCAGUGAAGAAGCCCUGCGAUGUGAAAUUGAAGAGCUGAAACAAAAAGACCUCGCUCUAGAUCAGGAAAUUACACAAUUACUGUCCGAAGGCUACAACCUGGAGGAACUGGAGCAGCGCAUCUCUCUGCUCCAUGAGUAUAAUGAUAUUAAAGAUGCUGGACAGAUGCUGCUGGGCAAGCUGGCUGUUAUCCGAGGGGUUACUACAAAGGAGCUCUACCCUGAAUAUGACCUGGAGCUCAGUGACUAGCAUUGAGCCUGAGCACUGACACAUCCUGCACGAUUAUGUUUCUGUGUCUUACCAGUUUAGAGCUGGCCUUGGAAGUGUCCAUGCAGAAUUGCAACAGAGUAUGGGUCAACAGCUUCAUUUUGAAGUUCAGGAACAUGAGAGUUGUUGAAUCUAUCAGCUGUUUCCUGCUUGUGGGAAAAAGAUGUAGAACUUUGGCUAAUUUUGCUUGCUGUUUGAUCAACAGUAUUUAUUUUUUAUUGGAAAGGUUGUAAUUCAGGUUGAUGAUAAGACUCUUCUCAUGGAGUCUUCACUUUACAACAUCAGGGGCUAUUUGGCUACUGAAUGGAUAAAGCAAGUGAGGGCACACAAAUGCACAAUGUAACAGGUGCUCUGAAAGAAAAAUACCCUUCAGAAGAAGGGAGGGAAGAAGGCUGAAGUGGUGGUUUGGGGGUUUAGUUCUGGUUUAUGAUGAAGUCUGGAUAAGUUGGGGUGGUCUGCAUU